AUGGCAUUUCACAAUAAAAAGAUGUUCGACUCUACUAAGAGCUCAGAUGUGCUUCCAGACAUCACUUCUUCGCUACUAAAGGCCCAGCCCGGCAGAAAAAUCAGCCAAGCCUUACCCUUGACGCUGCCUCUACCUGGCUGCUCCUGGUCGCGACUCGUCAUCUCGCCCGCAACCAGGGGCGCGGCCGUGCGCUGCCUCGCUGCUCUUGAGGACAAGACGAAGCCGCGACGGACUGAAGCCGGCCAGAGCCAGCCCGGGCCGCCCCACACGCUGCCGCUGUUCGCCCCCUGCCUGCCUGCCCUGCGCCCGUGCGCUGCCUCGCCGCGCCCGCAGUGUCGCAGCCCCUCCUGCUCCGCCGCCACUGCUGGCUGCUCCGCCGCGCGCGCUGCUGCCGCUCACGGCUCACCCCCCGCAGGCUGCGCUGCGCCUGCUGCUCCUCCUCUUUCCCAAUUUCUCUAUCCAGCCAUACGUGACCUCAAGGCUAAGUUGUCUAUUAUGAAAGCUGAUCAGUUUCGUGUUGGGCCUUCAGUGGAGGAGCAACGAAUUGAAGAGAGGAUAGUUGAGCUCAAUUACAGGGAAGAGGUGAUGUGGCGGCAGAGGAGUAGGGUGGAAUGGCUAGCUGCUGGUGACUGUAACACUCGAUUCUUCCACCAAAAGGUUAACGGGCGUCGUAAAAAGAAUAAUAUUUCGAGCCUCUCACGAGCAGAUGGGACAAUCUGUUCGGAUCAGAUGGAAAUUGGGGAGAUGGUGACUGAGUCCUAUGAGAAUCUCUAUGCCUCGGAAGAUGCGAUUGGUUAUCUCAUGUACCGCAUAAAGUCACCGCACAGAUGAAUUCUUCUCUCACUGCUCCUUUUCGUGCUGAAGAAGUAAAGGCGGCUUUGUUCCAAAUGUUCCCGACAAAGGUGCCGGGGCCUGACAGGUUUCCGGCUCAUUUUUUCCAACGCCAUUGGGAUAUCUGUGGUGAUGACAUUGUCAGAAUUGUGCUUCGUGUGCUCAAUGGAGAGGAUUCUCCGGAAGUGAUAAAUGGUACGUUAAUUGUUUUAAUUCCUAAGGUAUCUAAUCCAAAUUCACUGGUGCAGUAUGGACCGAUUAGUCUGUGCAAUGUGAUCUAUAAGAUCAUAUCCAAGGUGCAAGCUAACCGGCUUAAACUGAUCCUUCCGGAUAUUAUUUCUCCUGAGCAGUCGGCGUUUGUUCCUGGCAGAUUGAUCACAGAUAUAACGUAAUCACCGCCUAUGAGUGUUUGCACUUUAUGAAGCGGUCACAAAGCAAGAAGAAUGGUCACUGUGCUCUCAAGUUGGAUAUGAUGAAGGCUUAUGAUCGGGUUGAGUGGGCUUAUCUCCAAGCUAUUAUGCUAAAACUGGGCAUUGCUGAAAGUUUUGAGCAUGCCAUCAUGCGAGGAGUCUCGUCGGUCUCGUUCACUGUAUUGCUGAAUGGAGGGAAACUUCAGGAGUUUCAGCCCUCGAGGGGGAUCCGGCAAGGUGACCCUAUUUCUCCGUAUCUCUUCCUGCUGGCGGCAGAGGGCUUGUCAUGCCUCCUGCGCGUGAGAAGUGAACAUCCAGAUGUUCGAGGAGUGGUUGUUGCACCUUCGGCACCACAUGUUAAUCAUCUCCUUUUUGCGGAUGACAGCUUGCUGCUCUUCAAGGCUAAUGGUUCCAGUGCAAAUCAAAUCAAGGAUUCGGUUCAAGAUUAUUGUAAUGCUUCAGGCCAACGAGUAAACCUUCAAAAAUCUUCAAUCUAUUUUGUAAAAGGUGUUGCACGUGUGGCUCGAGACGAAGUUAAGCAGAUCCUGGAGGUCACAAAUGAAUCUUUGUCAAAACGCUACCUUGGUUUGCCUUCAGAUGUGGGUUGCUGAAAGGGCAUUUCGAUCCCUAAUAAGUUUUGGUGAUUAAUGACAACAUAACUUGUGGACUAA